CCACAAAUUAAUAUCAAACUCAAAGCCCGCCACUCUACUCGGCCACCAGCUAACUCGUGCACACACUGAUCCAACCACCUGGCACCCACGCACAACACACUCUUCACUUUGCGAUUUGACUACCUCUUUCAAUUUACCUACUACUGCGUGUAUGCUUCGUUCCACCGAAAACGCCACGACGCCUCUCGAACUCCACGCUACUUAGGCUUAUGCACACGUCCGUUGAUAUGGACAAAUUCUACAUGAGCAUAAGCCAAAAUGGACCAGCUUGGAGAUGGCCAAGCAGUUAUGGUUGGAGGAGCUGGUGGGACACUUCAGGUUGUUCAAAUGGGUCAAGGUGGUCAAGCAAUGAUGCUUCCACAGACCAUUCAAGUAGCAGCCCCCAACGGAGGAAUUCAAGUCGUUCCUGUCUCAAGUUUGGCUGGAGCUGGUCAGCAAAUAGUCAUUCAACAACCACAAACACCUCAAAUCAUUCAAACACCCGAUGGACAGACAUAUAUUUAUCAGCCAGUGCAACUUGAAGGACAAGUUCAACAACAAACUCAACCUACAGUCAUAAAUCUAAAUGGUAAUCUUAUGCAAAUUGCAAGUCCAACGACACAAACUGCGACUACAGCGUCGAGUCCAGUUCAACAGAUAACUGCACCAGCAGCCGCAGCAACACAGGCAGGAAACAUUGUCAUGAUGGUUCCUGGUAAUAGUGGACAACCAGCAUUCCAGCGAGUUGCUCUACCUAAUGCAGAGUUUCUUGAAGAAGAGCCACUCUAUGUAAACGCCAAGCAAUACAGACGUAUUUUAAAAAGACGACAAGCAAGAGCGAAACUGGAGGCUGAAGGAAAAAUUCCGAAAGAAAGACCUAAAUAUCUCCACGAAUCACGUCAUCGACAUGCCAUGAAUAGAAUUCGAGGGGAAGGAGGACGUUUUCAUUCUGGUCAAGUAAAAAAGAGAUCUGUUCGCAGGAGUAAAGCAAAUAAUGGAGUUAUGGCUCAGCAUAUAGCUGCUGCAACUGGUAACAAUACUAUCCGAACUAUCACGAUACCUGCAUCGAGUACGGGAUUGCAACACAAUGCUGAUAAUAUGACAUCUACAAUAAUCAUUGAAAAUGGGAGUGCAGGUGAAUUACCAGAUAUCAUCAGUGAUGGGACUUUAGUUGAUAUUAAGUAAUACUAAGUGAAAUUAAAGUACUAAGAUUUUUCACAAUAAGUUUGUAUGCAAGGCUUCUGAAUAUUUACCAAGGAGUCUGUGAUCAAUUUGAAAGUUUGAGAGAGAUUAGUUUUAUUACCACAAAAAACAAAAUGUUAGUUAUAUCGAGAAUGUAAAUAUUCAUUCAAAAGCGCAAGGCGCUUUUCUCUUGCUGACAUUGAUGGUAUCAAUUCUAGUUAGAAACGUUAAAAAAAACUAGCUAUAAAAUAACUUUUGCGAACUUUAUUACAGGCCAGAAUAGUUCAAUAGAAGUCAUUAAAGAAUAGUUUUGUUCUAUAAAUUUGAUGCCAGAUUAUAGCAAAUUAUAUAUGUUUUUUAUACAUUUCCAAAUUCACUAAGCAAUAUAUUAUAUCGAAAAGUAACUUAUUAAUUGUUUUUGCAUCGUAAAUAAGUUUUAGUUUGGAUUUUGUAGUUAAUUUGUGUAUUUUUUUAUAGAACAAAAAAUCGACCGUAUCACAGAUGAAUGAAUGAGUGACUAAUGUAUAGUUUUUUUAAUGUUUGGCGCAUAGCUACUUUAUAUGUAAAAAUUUCAGUUCUUAGGUCAAAAUCAAAUAAUGAAGAAUGUAAGUACAAUUAUUACAAGCCAAUGUUAGGCAAAUUAAAACUUCUAUUAACAUUGCCAUGUAGAAAAGAAUAGGUUUCGAAUCUGUUUUUGUAUUUAUCUAAUAAUACAUCCGUUCUAGUGCUCAAAGAGUCAGAUUAAAUAGAAGAUGUGUCAUAACAAUAAGAUUUUUACUGUAGUUUGUCUAAUGAAAAUAGCUUAUUGAUUUCUUUUAUAAUUUACGUUAUUCAAUAAAUUGUGACUCUUUGCCACUUAUGUAAAUAAACGAGCGUGUAUGAUUUUACGAAUGAUUGAUUUUGAGAACGAGAAUGAGCAAAUAUAAUUAUAUAAAAUCUUAGAGAAUCGAAGUGUUGAAGCUAACAAAUCUUGGUUAAAAAAAUUUUAUAAAACAAUUUACAUGAUAUGAAUUAUUAGUUAGUCAAGUAAUUACUGUACAUUUACAACACAAAUCUAAAAAGUCAUUAUAUUGUAAUCGAUUUUUAAUCCCUAUUAAAGAAUUUACAAUAUUAUGUGUCUUUUCGACGCAAUCAUUAAGAUGAACGAGCAGUUAUUUUGAACUAUCAGGAUUUUUUAUGUUCCUCGGGUGGUUCUAUGGGGAUCGCUGGUCCGUGAAAUUGUUUUUUUUCAUGAUUCGGUGACCUGCGCGACCAAUAAUCUCUUGGUACUCGCUGUCUCCGGUUCUUAAAUUCAAACACAGUACAAAUUUCAUAACAAUUUCAAAAAGUGAUACGUUCUUAGCGAUUUAAAUUCAAUUUUAAUGUAUACCUUACACGGAGAAUUUCACGUUCUUUCUCAUUGACACCUAGAUUAUUCGAUGGACCAUUGUACUUGCGUGAUACCAAGUUACCAGUACAAAAUUGACGUGGAUCUCGAUAAGAUUUUUUCUGUAUUGUCUCCGGUAUC